AUGACCAACGCAAAGACAAACCCCACCAACCAAAAACGAAAGAUCAUCAUCUUCUCCGACUUCGACGGCACAAUCUGCAUGCAAGACACAGGCCAUGUCCUCGUCGACAACCACGGCUGCGGCGCCACCUACCGCGGCAAGCUGGAAGAGCAGAUCAAGUCCGGCGAGCGGUCGUUCCGCGAGGUUUCCGACGAGAUGUGGGGGUCGCUGAGCAUCCCGUUCGACGACGGCUUCGUCGUCAUGGACCAGACCAUCCAGAUGGACCCGCACUUCCGCGAGUUCCACCAGUACUGCGUCGCGAACGGGUUCCCGUUUAAUGUCAUCAGCGCGGGGCUGAAGCCUGUGUUGCGAAGGGUGUUGGAUACGUAUUUGGGGACGCAGGAGUCCUCCUCCAUCGACAUCAUUGCCAACGACCUCACCAUCCCAGCCAUCGGCUCCCAAUGGAAACCCAUCUGGCGCCACAACACCGACUCGGGCCUCGACAAGGCCCUGAGCGUCAACGAGGGCCGCGCCCAGGCCCAGGCCGAGUGCUCGCCCGACGAGAUCCCGCUGAUCGUGUUUAUCGGCGACGGCGUUUCGGACCUGGCGGCGGCGCGCGAGGCCGACGUGCUGUUUGCGCGCCGCGGUCUGCGCCUCGAGGAGUACUGUCACGAGCACGGGAUCGAGUGCACGCCCUUUAACACUUUCGCGGAUAUCAAGCGCGAUAUUGAGGCCAUUAGUCGCGAGGAUCAGUCCAAGACUGGGGGUGUGGGUAAGCCGGUGCGGUAUAACCCGCGGGCUAAUCUUUGGCGUCGGAUUUCGAGUCGUGAGGCUGUCCCCACCCUCAUGGCUGCUGCCACUCCCUCCCAGGAAGAGAAGAUGUUCCUCUGGCCCGAGACUUUCUCAGACUACAAGCCCAAAACCAUCCAGGAAGACGACGAGCCUGCGGCUGUGGCUUGA